CAGAGGGAGACGUGAUGGGUGGGCGUUGCUGUCCAGCGACGCUGCAGCUCGGCGUGUCCUCUCCAUCAUCGUGGGUCCGUUUCUGCUCUUCUUCCUAAUCGAGAUGCACGGGUCGUGCGGUGACUGGAUUUCCGUGCAAACAGGAGCCAUGACUAAGUGAUUCUGUCCUUACUAAAGUCCUACCUAGAAUUGAUUCAGAAAUGUGUGAUAGAGUCCAGUCGCUAAGGAAUGACAACCUGCAAGAGGAGGCGCCGGCUGAUGGAAACGCCAACGAUAUCAGGACGGACGGCGGCGGGAGAAUGGGCGGUGGCAGCCCUGUGUCCGACCAGGACAAGGCGGUCAUCUGGGGGACGGAUUGCCCGUGUGACGACCCUGAGCUGGCAGAGUUCGAGAUGCUGGAGUGUCAGGAGCUGGAGGCCUACGUGGUGGAGGACGGGGAGGAUUUUGUCGGGCUACAGGAGCGCAACAAUCCGCCGCCUUCGAGCAGCAGAACCGCAGAAGAAACGGCGACUGAUCAGUCUGAUGGUUUUGCUUCCGCUUCUGUGGACAACAAGGGAGAGAUGUGCAAGACAGAAAAUACCCCAAAAAAACGUGAGUCCUGCGUGGAUUUGAAUCUGAACUCCACUGUUUGCGCAAAGGAUCCUGAAGCCAAAAAGGAGGCGGAGCACAACAGGAUGAAUAACCACUUAAAUAAAGCUUUGAAAGGUGCAUCUGAACGCGAGGCUUCACCCGUCAAAAACACUAAAAGCAAGAAAAGCACACAAACAGACGAGCCUUUUGAAGGCAACGUGAGCCCUCGGAAAACCAAAGGAUCUCCGCCCAAUGUUGUCAAGAAUCCAGCAUCCUCUGAUACCUCCUUGAAAAAGCAGAACUCCUUUGAGAGAAGCUUGAAAAAGCAGCCCGUGUUUGAAUACACCUUCAAGAAGCAGCUCUCCUUUGAUAAUUCCACAAAGAAGCCUCAGAGCUCCUUCGAGAUCGCCUCGCGCUCUUCCAGCCUGGAGAGGAGGAAACCGUGGGGGAGCCCCAGUCGCACGGCGACCCCGUCGUCAUUGCCCAGGAAACAACCUCCUGCCUCUCCGGCCAAGGUGUCCAAUGUCCAAGCGGCCCUUCACGGCUCCCCUACAAGAAAUUCAACGACAAAAACACCUAAGACACAUCUAAGCAGUGGGAUCCCCAAACCUGUAGCUCCUGUAGACAUCAAGAGGUCAUUUUCUCCUACUACGCCCAAAAAUGUCCGUCCAAAAAUCAUCACCUGCAUACGCAAGAAUCCCCAGGGAACGGAUCCCCCACUCUCCUGUACUCCGGCUCAUGCAGAGCCAAGGGUUGGACCUUCAUAUAAAGUCUCCUACAACACCAUGUUUGACAAGUACAGACAGGAGCUGUCUGGACACUGUCCUUCUGGGCUGAAACCUUCUAGUCAUCAUGAGGACACCCAAUGUCCCCAAGAGCAGCACUACCUCCAAGAUGGAGGCUAUCACACCCCCAGGGCGGCAAGGCCUCAGCUCGGGUUGUGUGCCGUCACCAGACAACCUGCAGCCAAAGCGCGACUUCCACCGACAGGUCCAAGGGAGUCCACAGGAGACCAAAAACGGUCGGGUCCGGAGAUCUCAAGGAAUAUACUGAUCAAAUCGGGACAAACUGGUCUCCGUUCCCCUGGCUUCUCCACGCUACCAAGUGCUCGAAACGCCGCCGUGGGUGUCGCCAGAAGUGUGUCGUCUUUGUCCAGCGGCCAGAUUAACGACAACGAUACCAGCCAGACUUCUCAGCCUUCUCGAAAAGAGACCAAAGAGGCGGACAAGGCGUGGCCUAAAACGUGUGCAGGGCUUUCCCCCAAGUCUCAGUCCCCUGCCCGUGGGCGCUCAGCGGUGCGAGCGUGCGGCGCUGAGCGGGAGCAGGUAGUGGACCGGGCGCUGAUCAAGCUGCUGAGGGAACGAUGUGAGCAGCAAGGCCGCCAGCUGCAAAGUCUGCAGGCCCAGCUCAAGAAAGCCUCGCUCUGCAUGGACGUGUUCGCCAUCACCACCCGGCACUUCUGUCACAAGAGUGAGAUUGCUGCUGUGACAGAAGGGGAACUCUCCCAGGAGCUCGCCAGGAUCAGGGAUGAAGUUGCUUUCAGCGUGGCCCACUGGGAGCAGCUGCAGCGAGAGAAGCAGGAACUGGAGCGAGGUUUCGAGGCAGAGCUUGGGGACUUGCAGGCUCAGCAGCAGAGCGAGCUGGGAGCGCUGGAGGAGCGUCUGAGAGUCCAGCACACGGCCGAGACCAGGAGCCUGAGGGCCCUCCAGCGCGCCCAGAUAGGUCACCUGAAGGAGAGGCAGCAGGAGCAGAUGGAGGAGAUGAAUGAAAACCACCAGGCGUCCAUCAUGGACAUGGAGAGCGCUCACAACCACACUCUGGCCACCCUGCAGGAGGAGCACGCCAGGACUCUGACAAACCUGAAGAUGGCUCAUGAGCAGCACAGGAAAUCUAUGGAAGAAGACUUUGAGAAAAUCCGACUCUCAUUACAGGAUCAAGUGGACAUGCUGACCUUCCAGAACAGAAGUCUGAGGGACCGAGCCAAGCGCUUUGAGGAAGCUCUUCGUAAAAGCACUGAUGAGCAAAUAGUGGACGCAUUAGCGCCGUACAAACACAUUGAGGAGGACCUAAAAAGUCUGAAGGACGUGUUGGGGAUGAAGAACCAACAAAUCCAUCAGCAGGAGCUGAAGAUCACCGAGCUGGAGAAAAUACAGGCUGAAAGGAACGUUCAGCUGGAGGAGCGCGUGCAGGUUCUACAGCAGAAGAACGAGGAUUUGAAGGAACGCAUCGACAAGAACCUCGCCGUGUCCAGGCAACUGUCGGAGGAGAACGCCAACCUGCAGGUGAACGUGGAGAAGGAGAACACGGAGAAGAAGCGUCUGAGUCGCACCAACGAGGAGCUGCUGUGGCGUCUCCAGACGGGCGAGCUGAGCCCCCGCAUGUCGCCCAGCUGCUCCCCCGUCCACCGCCCGCCCGCCUCAGGACCCGGCUCACCCGCACGCCCGCACUCCUUCCACCAGUGACCUUCACCCGCUUGCUGCCUCCCCUGUGUUCACCCUGCAGGUGCACACUUGACUCUUUCUAUAGACGCCCCCUUGUGGUGCAUUUUUAAAUGUGUACAAACUGCACACAGGAACUAAAACAAUUUGCACCUACACAGGAACUAAGACAAUUUGUGUGUACACAUGACUAAAGACUAUUAUUUGUGUGUACACAUGAACAAAUACUAUUUGUUCAUGUGUACACAUGACUAAAGACUACUAUUUGUGUGUACACAUGACUAAAGACUACUAUUUGUGUGUACACAUGAACAAAUACUAUUAUUUGUGUGUGCACAUGACUAAAGACUACUAUUUGUGUGUACACAUGAACAAAUACUAUUAUUUGUGUGUACACAUGACUAAAGACUACUAUUUGUGUGUACACAUGAACAAAUACUAUUAUUUGUGUGUACACAUGACUAAAGACUACUAUUUGUGUGUACACAUGAACAAAUACUAUUAUUUGUGUGUGCACAUGAGUUAAAGACUACUAUUUGUGUGUACACAUGACCAAAGACUACUAUUUGUGUGUACACAUGACCAAAGACUACUAUUUGUGUGUACAUAUGAACAAAUACCAUUUGUGUGUACACAUGACUAAAGACUAUUAUUUGUGUGUACACAUGAACAAAUACUAUUUGUGUGUGUCCAAGAACAAAGACUGUGUACACAUGAACACACUAUUUGUGUUUACACAUGAAUAAAUUCUAUUAUUUUUGUGUACACACUAAUAAAUACUAUUAUUUGUGUGUACACAUUAAUAAAGACUAUUAUUUGUGUGUACAAAUGAACAAAGACUAAUAUUUAUGUUUACACAUAAACAAAUACUACUAUUUUUAUGUACACAUGAAUAAAGACCAAUAUUUGUGUGUACACAUGAACAAAUAAUGUGUGUGAAAAAGAACAAAGACUUAUUUGUGUGUGUACAAGAACAAAGACUGUGUACACAUGAACACACUAUUUGUGUUUCCACGUAAGCAAAGACUACUAUUUGUGUGUACACAUGAACAAAGAGUAGUAUUUGUGUGUACACAAUAAAGACCAAUAUUUGUGUGUACACAUUGAAUAAAGACUAUGUACACAUGGACAGACUAUUUGUGUGUACACAUGAAGAAAGACUAUUGUGUGUACACAUGACCAAAGACUACUAUUUGUGUUGACACAGUAACAAAGACUAAUAUUUGUGUGUACACAUGAACAAAUACUAAUAUUUGUGUACACAUGAACAAAUACUGCACACAUGAACAAAGACUAGUUGUGUGUACACAUGAAUAAAAACUGCACAUGAAGAAAGACUGUACACAAACAAAAGAAAGACAGUGAACGCAUGAACAAACACUGUUUGUGUGUACAAAUACAAAAAGUAAUAUUUGUGUGUAUACAUUAACCAAGACUGUGUACACAUGAACAAAGACUAUUAUGUGUGCGGACACAUGAACAAAGGCUGUGUACACAUAACUAAUAUUUGUGUGUACACAUUAACCAAGACCAAUAUUUGUGUGUACACAUGAAUGAUGACUAGUAUUUGUGUGUACUCAUUAACAAAGACUACUAUUUGUGUGUACCCAUGAAUGAAGACUAGUAUUUGUGUUUACACAUCGACAAAGACUACUAUUUGUGUGUAGACUUGAACAGAGACUAGUAUUUGUGUGUACACAUCGACAAAGACUACUAUUUGUGUGUAGACUUGAACAGAGACUAAUAUUUGUGUGUACACAUGAACAAAUACAAACAUUUGUGUGUCGACUACUAUUUGUGUGUACACAUUAACCAAGACUAAUAUUUGUGUGUACACAUUAAAAAAGACUAGUAUUUGUGUGUACUCAUUGACAAAGACUAUUUGUGUGUACCCAUGAAUGAAGACUAGUAUUUGUGUUUACACAUCGACAAAGACUACUAUUUGUGUGUAGACUUGAACGGAGACUAAUAUUUGUGUGUACACAUGAACAGAGACUAUUACUUUUGUGUACACAUGAACAAAUACCAACAUUUGUGUGUCGACUACUAUUUGUGUGUACACAUGAACAAAGACUAAUACUUGUGUGUACACACGAACAAAGACUACUAUUUGUGUGUACAAAUGAUCAAAGGGGCCCUGACUGUCAUUUUGCCUUCAUUAGUCAUCGAGCACUCAGGACGAUACUCUUCAGAUUUACAGGUCGAUCAUACGUUGAUAUCAGGACACGAUGGCGUCCAUCUUCUUCCAGCAGCAACAUUCCAUCAAGCGCCAUGUUUGUCUACAGUUUAACAGCACGUGUGUUUACAUGCACGAACUGUGACCUCUGAGCGGAUCAAAAAACGUCCCUGUCUAGAAGUGUUCUGCAGCCAAUCAGUGGUAUCCGGUGCCUUGCUCAAGGGCGCCUGAGCCAUGAAAUGUAUCUCACAGGAAUUGAACCUGAGACGGUUCAACCGCAGGCCAUAUUUUGAUGUCACGAACAUGAGACGUGAUGAAAACCGUAGACGCUGGCUACUCGGUACAAUAUGGCGAAGCAAACAAUAUAAUAAUCAUUAAUGUGGCACUCUAGUUUCAUUUUGAUAAUAUUUGGACAGCAUUGAAAUGAAAACUGUUAUGAUAAAUGAAAAAGGAUGCAGGUCAAUAAUUGCUGUAAUGGUAAUUUUACUUGAUAUACAGAAACGGGUCAAGCAAUUUCAAUUUAUUAUGACAUCUUAGUUAUUAGUAUUGUAGAUUAAAUCAUGUUUAAAUGUAGCAGCAGUGAGCUAUCAAUAGAUAGUUUAUAUACAUGUGUAUAUAUGUAUGCAUUAAGGGUGUAACGGUACGUGUAUUUGUAUUGAACCGUUUCGGUACAGGGGUUUCGGUUCGGUGCAAAGGAGUACCGAACGAGUUUCCACACGAACAUAUAAAGUAGCCGCCUAAGCUAAAGUCUUAACAAGCUGAUCUGCUUUCUGCAUCUGUCUACUACACAGCACCCAGCAUUGUCCCACCCACACAAACAUCUGAUUGGUUACAACCACAGCGGUAACAGCCAAUCAGCAGUGCGUAUUCAGAGCGGUAACAACCAAUCAGCAGUGCGUAUUCAGAGCGGUAACAACCAAUCAGCAGUGAGUAUUCAGAGCCCAUGUAGUAAAUGCUUCAACAUCGAGCAGAUAGGUGUUUAGCAGGUGAACACAAGGCAGCGUACACUCCCCAAAUGAUAAAAAAACACCUCCCAGUCAACUACUACUAACAUCACUAUGAGCCCGUUGACCUUCUGGAAACAGGGUGCAGCUCAGCUCACUCGCAGUCCUGGCUUGAGGUGAAGGCUAAUUAGCUUUUAGCGUAACGUUAGCUCAUUUUACGGUGUGUGCGUGUGUGUGUGUGUGUGUGUGGGGGGGGGGGGGGGGGGGGGGGGUGUUACGGAGCGUGUUGAUUGAGCUGUGUUAAAGCAGCAAAAAAGGACAUCAUGUUAAAUGAAGAGUCUGAGUGUAUAUAAUAAUGUAAGAGCAUCACAAAGCCUACAUGAACUCCAUUUGCUAUUGCUAUUGUACUAUUUUUUCAGCUAUAGUUAAAUUAAUCAUAGUAAUGUAGCAGCCUAGUUUUGAAUGGCAGGGUCCCUGCUAUCACACGUUGACACAAAUAUAACAUUUGCAUAAUAAAAAUCAACUACAGGCUUACCAAAGGCUAAUAAUUUAAGCAUGAUGAGUUGACUUGAAACUGUUUAAUGUUGCACUUUUUAAAUGUAGGAGAAAAGUUUUGUCAUUUUAUUUAAUCCAAGCAACAAGUCGUGGAUUAACGUGGCCAGAAUUAUUAUAGUGUUCCCAAUGUUAAAAGGAUAAAGCCAUUUUUUUACAAAUUUGGUAAAUAAAUAGCCCAAAAAUUUAUAUUUUUUUGUUUUCUUCCUGUACCGAAAAUGAACCGAACCGUGACCUCUAAACCGAGGUACAUACUGAACCGAAAUUUUUGUGUACCGUUACACCCCUAGUAUGCAUAUAUAUAUGUAUAUAUAUAUACCAUGAAUUGAUUAACGUGGACCCCAACCCCAAGUUGAAAAAUGUAUUCGGGUGUUAUCAUUUAGUGGUCAUUGUGCGGAAUAUGUACUGAACUGUGCAAUCUACUAAUAAAAGUUUCAAUCAUUCAAUCAAUAUAUACAUGUAUGUAUAAACAUGUAUAUAUACACGGGUAUAAAUGUAUGUACAUAUUAAUAUAUAGAUACAUAUAUACAC